AUGGACGUCCUAAUGAACGCUUUAUGCCUCGUGAUGUUUGUGCUGAUGCCUCGUCUCGUCUCUUCUCUUCUUGUGCUGCUGUUGGAUUGGAUGGCUUGUGACGUCACCGCGGCGGCCUGGCAGGGUCAGGCGGAUCGCUGUUUCUACGAGACCCUGCUGAAACAAAAGCCAGAGAGUCACAUGGCGCAGGACUGGUGUCUGGCGCACGGGGUGUGCGGGGCGGCUGAAGCGGAUGCUCUCUACAAGAGAGUCUGCAAGAGGAAAGGGCUGCAACCGUUGGCCCACGCGUCGUCUCUAUCCAGCUCCCCCGUCAAAAAGGUGUAG